CCAGACUCGAUUAUUUACAGACCGCCGUCAUAUAGCUGGAAUAUUGCUGAGUGGGGCGUUAAACAACAAACCAACCAACCAACCACUGACACGCACUUGGGACUUAUUCAUUCGAAAGCGGUCUUGACGAAGAUUGAAAUCUUCAUCGGUGUUGGAACAAAGGUCCAAGAUUUCCGAUGUCACGCCAGUGUCAGGAAAAGUGCAUAGCUGAGCGUACCAACAGUGGCACCAACAGUGGCACCAAUGGCAGUGCUACCUCCCUUUACUGCACCACGCAUGAUUUCAAAGAGGGUACAUAUAAUCAAUACAAAGAAAACAGUAUUAGUACAGGCUUAAAUUAUUUUAAUGAACACAAUUUACAUGAAAACCUUUUUUUAUACUGUCAAAUCUCUUUACCUUCCGCUUUACCUUAACCGUAAAUAUAUGAGGAUCGGGUAGUCAGGCCUUGUGAGAUGGGUGAUUGUUAACCGUGCUAACAUUUGUUUGGUUCUGUACAUUAUAGUGUUCUUCGCUAACAUUUAGCCAAGCUCGCAUGUGGUUGAUAUUUACGUCGCUUAUCAAUGGUGUCAGUAUCACACAUAGAGCAAUUUGAUAAUACCAUAUGAAUAACAAUAAUAAUAAUAAUAGAAAUAGAGACAUGUCAGAUUUAUAAAUAGGUAUGUUGUAUUCUUCACAUAUUUAUCCACUCAUGCUUGCGAAUCUGUCAAAGAAAAGUACAGGAAACCUGAGAAGUUCUUGACAUUUACUGCUUUGGUGAAACACAUGAUCACGGGUAUUGUGAUGACAAGUAAAGAUUCUGGGAGGCGAGUCAACGAUUAUUGGAUUCUGGCUCAACUGCGUCGUCUUAGCUGUGCCCCAUAUAUAGUGUUUAACCAAUGGAUUGUCAUUGUAAGUGCACCAGUGAGAGGAACAAAAGAGCCACAAAAUGGACCUGUCUUCUUUUGUUCAUCCUGAACAUACUCACUGUCGUAGUAGUUGCAGCACUCGUCAUACACCGAACUUUGUCAUCAAACCUUGAGAGCCAGAAUCUCCCAGGAUCAGAAUGGAAGUCAUUAUUGGAUAAGGUCUACGAAAGCAUGUUGAUGAAUGAUGUUUCGACCACACACACGGAGCAUGAUGAGGAUAAUGGGGACGUCCAUCCAGAUCUGCAGUUUCUCAACCUGCUGAAACCAGUGGCACAUUUCUCUGGUCUUGACUUUGAUAUAGUGACUAAGGGACAUGGGGCUCAGUUGGGAUCAUUAAGGAAUUGGGCCAAUCCUGAUGGGUCAGACAGAAAACUCCUGUACAACGGGAUGAGUUACGAGAACGGCUCCAUCACAGUACCAGCAGCAGGAGUGUACCACAUCACAAGUCACGUCAAGUUCAACGUCGAGGACAACAGGAAGGACGACAAGCCACUCCAAACAUUCCAGCACCAGGUUGUCCGCUAUAGCGCUUCCAGCCAGACACAGGUCGUGUUGUUUGAGAAUGCCGUGACUGAGUGUAAAGAGGGUAUCAACGACGGAGCUCACCUGGAGUACCCGAGUGAUGCUGGUGGACUGGCUCAGUUAGAUGCUGGAGAUCAAGUGAUGGUGAAGGUGUCCCACUUACAGACGCUGAAGCAUGAUCGCGACUGGCACUGUUUUGAUAUACAUAUUGUAUAGAUAAAUAUAUAUUGUUAUAAGCUUAAAAUACGUCUCCAAAAACAAUAGAAAAUGGUUACAAAUAAAACCAUUAUAGCUGCAGUGAGGAGUGGCAUUAUAUAUAGUGUGUGACAGAGAACUUUUAGUUCGAAAGGAAUCAAUAGAUAAAAGACGUUUCCAUUUAUCACAAGUGUAUUCUUGACAUUUCAUAUUUAUCAUUGGAUUGGUUCCAGGUUAUCGUCCAUUAGUUAAGCAGAGAAUUUCAAGAUAUAUUUCAUUGGGGCAUCCAGGGCGAGUCACAAAUUCAAUAGAGAGAUGAGCAAUCUGGCACGUAGGCUCCUGUAUUUUUCCGAUUACGACACACAUGAGUUCAUGGUCAGAUCGAACUUUUAACGAAUCAAAAUGAGGUAUUGUGACAUGUGACAAAGGCAGGCCAGGCCCGAACACUAUAAAUGAUACUUUAACAUUAGGAGAGGAGAGCGCGGUUUGCAAUCGAUCUAGUCGAAUCCCGAUCGUUUUCCCCAUUUAGUGACGAGUUUGGUCGGUCUGAUCAUGUCCUGUAUUGAUAGAUGGGCUGGGAGUGAGUACAACUAUGUGAAUAUAAAGCUGGUGUUGCGUUUCUUUAUUAUGCGAGUAUGACUGCUGAUAGAGACAACUUGGAGUUAGCGUCGUUAGACCAAUCACUCCUUGACGGAGCCGAGCCGAUGCGGACAAGGCGAGUGGCAAUGUCAUGGCGUAAUUGACCAUGAUGCCCAGGAACGGCAAUACAUUUAGUAACUGUAGUAGGGUCGCGCUUGACGCCCGAAAGCAGUUACGAUAAUAUGCAAUGCUAUCACUUUUAUCUUUAUGGGUGGAACACCAAAUACGUUUAAAGUUUAUGCACGACGUACUAACACCCUUAUACUGAAGAAACGAUUUUAAUUAGAUAAGGUGUAAUUUGUUGUUUCUAACGAAAGGAACACUCAGCGUUGGAUUUAAUUUCGAGAUGUAUUUGUCCAUAUUUCGGAUGCAUAGUGCCAUAAAAUAUUUAUUUUCACAGA